UACGGUGGCCGCGGCGGGUCACGCGCGCUCCGCGCUCGUUCCGGGGGGCUGCCUGCUGUAGUAAUGGAGGGGGUCACAGUCGGACAGGUAUUCGAUGCGGAAUGCAUCCUCAGCAAACGGCCGAGAAAGGUAAGCGACGCGCCGGCCGCGCGGCCCCGCGGGCCCGGGCUCCGGUCCGGCGGGCCCGCGCUGACGGCUCGUGUCUCUCUCCGCAGGGGAAGGCGGAGUAUCUGGUGAAGUGGAGAGGGUGGUCGUCCAAACACAACAGUUGGGAGCCGGAGGAGAACAUCCUGGACCCGAGGCUGCUGGCGGCCUUCCACAAGAGAGAACAAGAGCGAGAGCUUCUGUUCCAGAGGAAAGGGAAGCGGCCGAGAGGAAGACCCAGGAAGAUUCUGCAGCCCGAGCCAGCUGCCGCUAAGGACAGCCGCUCCUCUUCCUCCUCGUCCUCCGGCCUUUCGUCGUCAGCCUCCUCCUCUUCCUCGGAGGAGGAGGAGCACAGUCCGAAGCCGAAGCCCCGGGUCCCCCCCGGCCCCCAGAAGAGGCCCCCGAUGGUGCUGGCCACGCCGGACCCUCCCUGCAAGAAGAAGCGUGGCAGGAAGCCGCUGCACCCGGACCUGAGGGCGCUGAGGCAGGCCAAGAGCCGGCCGCCUCCUUCUCCUCCUCCUCCUCUUCCUCCUCCUUCUCCUCCUCCUCCACGCCACCACCAGGUGCUCAGACCACUCAGGGAGGACCCUCGCCUCGGUGUGAAGAAACCUCUGCAGCCCGCCAGCUUCACCUACCCGGGUCUGAGCCGGGCCUCCAGGGAGGAGGCCGCCUCCCACACCUCCUCCAGCUCCUCCUUCUCCCAGAGCUCCGCCUCCAAGCCCGGGUCCCUGAGCUGCAUCUGGACCAGCCGCUCCAUGUCGCCGUCCUACAGCAGGAGCUCCGCCUCCGAGCCGAAGCGCUCGGCGGGGGGAGGCGGCCGAGCGGACGGCUACAAGGCGGCGAAGCACGGCGGCUCAGGCCCCCCGCCGGGCCCGAGGAGGCCGGACGGCGCCGGGCCGGUCCAACACAAGAGCCUCUCCAAGGCCACGUCCUCGCCGACGCCGCGGGACCGAGCCAACCAGGCGCUGAACCUCCGAGCCCUCAACCUGCAGAGCGUCAGCCGGCCGCCGGGCGGCGCCGGAGCGCCGCCGAGGUCCAGCUUGAGGAGCGGCGCCGCCAAAGGAGGAGGGGCGAGCGGCAAAGAAACUUGGACCUCGGCGGCCGGCGGAGAACCGGGCCGGCUGCGGGAGGACCGCGGGGCCGAGGGCCCGGGAACCGGCGGCGGGAGACAGGAGGAGCGGAAACACGCGCUCGCCGCACAGAACCGGAGCCUCACCGAGCUCAGCACCGGGGACUCUGACGAGACCAGCAGCGGCGAGUCGGAGCCGGACCGCGCGGCGCCGUAUCCCACCGGCGGGCGGCCCGGACUCCUCGGCGCCGGUGGCGAUGUCGCCGGGUCCGACGCGGAGACGGACUGGCGCCCGGCCCGGAGCCUCCUGGAGCACGUGUUCGUCACCGACGUCACCGCCAACUUCAUCACGGUGACGGUGAAGGAGUCGCCCACCAGCGUCGGGUUCUUCAACUCGCGGAACCACUGACGGGUCGGCGCUCCGCUCUCCGGCCGCUCCGGGUCCGGUUUCCCGACCCGGAUCCCGGGAACUCCGAUCCGGGCGUUCUCCGUCCGUCGUUUAGUUCUCACGCCGGUCGGUGGUUCUGUUGUGGAACCGACUCAUGCGGACACACGGCGUGCUGCAGAACACGAGCACUUAAGAACCCGCAGACUACCAGAACCUCUGAGAACCUCUGGGGGAGGGGCCUCUGACUCGAGGACCUCUAGGGGAGGAGC